AUGAGGUGGGACCCUGAGGGAUCGAGCUAUCCACCAAUGAACCAAGGAUGUUCGAUCGAUCAAUUCACCCAUCUGAAACCCUCUUCUUUUGCGGGAGGUGCUGACCCAAUUGUAGCUGAGAAUUGGGUGCAAGAGAUGGAGAAGAUAUUGACAGUGUUGGAUUGCAAUGAGAAACAAAAGGUUCUCUUCGCCACUUUUAAACUGACCGGAGAGGCCGAGUGGUGGUGGCUGAGAGUGAAGCUGUUGGAAAAGCAGCAAGCAGUACCUACUGUUAUGACGUGGAAGCGUUUCAAGGAGUUCUUCUACAAUCGGUAUUUUCCCACCACCACCAGGAAUGCAAAGGUGGAGGAAUUCUUCAACCUGACACAGGGGCUUCUAACUGUGCAGGAGUACACUGCUAGGUUUGUGGAGCUUUCUCGCUUCGCUUCUUUCAUGGUCCUAGAUGAAUAUCAAAAGGCGAGGUAUUUUAAUAGGGGCUUGAAACAAAGAAUCCACGAGCAUGUGACAUGCUUACAGAUACAGAACUUUUCAGAAUUGGUGGAUAAAGCCACUGUUGCAGAGUUAAGCCUACAGGGAGAUGUAGGGAUGUCAGAGUAG